AUGAACCUCCUUGCUGAACACCACCUGCAGGGAACUUCAGCUGCAUUCUAUAUCCCAAACUUCAUCUCUGAAGAUGAGGAGCAGUAUUUAUUACGGAAGAUAGAAGAUUCCCCAAAGCAGAAAUGGAAGACGUUGCACAAUCGGGGUGAAGUUCUCCAGAAGAACAUUCUGCUUCGCGAGGACUUGCCCGCAUUCCUGAAUGAUUUUCCUGAUGUUCUAGGACGUCUCAGAUUUCUUGGCACCUUCGACCAGUCCCCACACAAAGGGCCCAAUCACGUUAUAUUGAACGAAUACCAUCCAGGACAAGGCAUCAUGCCCCACGAGGACGGUCCCUCAUAUCACCCGGUUGUCGCAACUAUUUCCUUAGGAUCACAUGCAAUCUUCCAUUACUAUCGAUAUAAUAAGGAUAAAGACAGUUUGAGUGUUGGCCCUGAAUCGGUGGGGCGUAGUAUCGAUCCAGCGCCUUUAUUGUCAUUGUUUCUGGAGCCUCGCAGUGUUGUGAUUACUACUGGGGAGCUUUACACGACGCAUCUGCAUGGCAUAGACGACGUGUACGCCGACACAUUCACCGGCAAUGGUUUCCUACUUCUUCCAAAUGGAUCGCACUCACGGAUCGUCAAUCGCCACAUGAUUCAAGAUGAGACUGUCGUGGGGAUCAUUGAAUCGGGAGGGACAGUCAAGAGGACGACUAGGUACAGUCUUACUUGCCGCGAUGUCGAGAAAGUAGCAAGUGGGAGGGUAGCAGGAGUCAUCAAGCGUACUUGACUACGGUGUCCUAUGGCCUAAAGGGACAACACCCCCACGUUCAAGUCCUCUGAGAGCCCUAGAGAAUACAAAUAGCUAACGUUCUUACGUCAUGACAGUU